AUGCAGCUUCUCCUCCUAGCACUUCUAGGACUGGCUUCAGCAUCACUCAUUCGGCGCGACUGGACAUGCCCUGCUCUCAUCAGUGGAUGCACGAAAAGCUUUCUCGUAACGUCCGGCACCUGCGACUCGAUUGCUGCCGCGAAUGGACUCGCGCCGAAAGAUUUCUAUGCCUUGAACCCGAGUCUUAACACACCCAGUUGCAACAACCUGUACGCAGGAUGCUCCUACUGUGUCGCCAAAGGAUCGAACCCGUCUGUCUGUCCUACCGAUUAUAACGCCAAGUGCGACAAAUUCCAUGAGGUCAAGACCGGCGAUAUAUGCCAGGCAAUCAUCCAACAGAAUCCACCAUUAAGCCUAGACCAACUGUUCGCAUACAAUCCAUCGAUUCACAAACCGGCAUGCGAUAACCUUUCCCCGGCUUGCAAGUACUGCGUCCACGUACGUGAUGCGCCGAAAGUCCCAGAGCCGCACCAGCCAAACGUCAGGAAAGAUUGCAAGGAAUAUUAUCAGGCAGUUGCUGGAGACUACUGCUACAAGAUCUCUCUAGACAAAGGAAUCAACCUUAAUGAUUUCAUGAGUUGGAAUCCAGACGUUGGUCCCACGUGUCUGAAUAUGUUAGUGGGUUACUGGUACUGUUUGCGGACAUGA